CAGGGCGCCGGCGUCGUGGUGUUUGGGCAGUCGCCACCGAGAGGAGUCUGGUGGGGCUGUCUCGGGGGUAGUCCGGCGGCCGGGUUCGCUCGUCUCGGGUCUCGCCGCCAGCGCUGCAUUUCGCCGCCCGCAGUUUGCACCCGGGUGUGCGGCUCGGCGCCGCGGCCGCCUUGGGGCCUGUCCUACCUGCAGCCUCCUUCGCUGCCGCUGGCUCUGAGGGGCUGCGAGAUGCAGCCUCCCGGCCCGCCCCCGGCGUACUCCCCCACUAACGGGGACUUCACCUUUGUCUCUUCAGCAGAUGCAGAAGAUCUCAGUGGUUCAAUAGCAUCCCCAGAUGUCAAAUUAAACCUUGGUGGAGAUUUUAUCAAAGAAUCUACAGCUACAACAUUUCUGAGACAAAGAGGGUAUGGCUGGCUUUUGGAAGUUGAAGAUGAUGACCCUGAAGAUAACAAGCCACUCUUGGAGGAACUGGAUAUUGAUCUAAAGGAUAUUUACUACAAAAUCCGCUGUGUUUUGAUGCCAAUGCCAUCGCUUGGUUUUAAUAGACAAGUGGUGAGGGACAAUCCUGACUUUUGGGGUCCUCUGGCUGUUGUUCUUUUCUUUUCCAUGAUAUCAUUGUAUGGACAGUUUAGGGUGGUCUCAUGGAUUAUAACCAUUUGGAUAUUUGGUUCUCUAACAAUUUUCUUACUGGCCAGAGUUCUUGGUGGAGAAGUUGCAUAUGGCCAGGUUCUUGGAGUUAUAGGAUAUUCAUUACUUCCUCUUAUUGUAAUAGCCCCUAUACUUUUGGUGGUUGGAUCAUUUGAAGUGGUUUCUACACUUAUAAAACUGUUUGGUGUGUUUUGGGCUGCCUACAGUGCUGCUUCAUUGUUAGUGGGUGAAGAAUUCAAGACCAAAAAGCCUCUUCUGAUUUAUCCAAUCUUUUUAUUAUACAUUUAUUUUUUGUCCUUAUAUACUGGGGUGUGAUCUGAAAAAGUGACACAUGAGUAGAAAAGGCAAUGUUACAUUUGUGUGUAGGCUGGGAAUUCUUGCUAAGGAAAGUGGAAAGACCUAUUGCUGGUAAAAUUUUACACGUUCCAGAUCUAAAGGCAGGUUUAAGGUCUUAAGUUUUUUUGUAUUUAAUUAAGCAUUUGCAGUCAUCUGGGUUUUUUUGGUCAGAAUUCUAGAUUCUGUUUAAUUCCUUAUAUUCCAGUGAAUAAAAUAUAAAAGCAUUGUGUUUUUAAGAUUGUGUCAAUAUUCACCUAAAAACUUGUGCCAAAAGCAACUGGACUGGUAACUGUAUUUCACUUGAAGGGCAAAAUAUGACAAGAUCUUGAUAAUCUAAAAGUGCAAUUUUUUUCUUUGAGGAGCUUUCUCUUUCACUGCCGAUCCUGUAGAUAUAUAUUUAUAUUUAUACAUUUAUAUUUAUGAAAUAAUUAUUAUUCACAAAAUGUAUUUCUGAAUAAAUUGAAAAUUGAGAUAUUUUAAAUCUGAUGCUUAGACUUUCUUUAAUUUGGCCAUUAACCUUUUUUAUUUAUAAAUUUAAAUUUGUUUUUUAAAUUGUAUAUAAUUUUUAAAAUCUCAUAUAUGCUUCAGUACCCCUUUUUAAGAAUUCUUAAUAACUACUAAAACUAAUUUUAAUAGUCGCUGAUACAGAUUUGGUUUGUUUGGAUGUGCUCUUAAAAACCAUUUUUGAAUGUCUAAACAUCUGAUUUAAAGUUUCUGUUUAUCUUUCUGACCAAGGGAGCAGGAGGUAUAAUGUAUAUGGCAUUCAUUAAAACUGUUAAUAUGUAGAAAAACAGUAAUAUUUAUAGCAUCAGUAAAUAUUUUUAAAGUGGUACUCCUAAAUCAUAAAAGUUGCUGGAAAGAGUCCCCUAAAAUCUUGUGGUCCUGAACAAAUGUUACAUGAAGUAGAAAAAAUAAAAUGCUUCCCAGCUGUGUGUUUCGUUUUAUAACAACUUGUCCUGUGUUACUUGAUAUUUUAGCAAGUAUCAGGUACUCUCUAGCAAAUGCACAAUUUUUCUAAUGGAAUAUUAAGAAUUUUUAAUACUGAAAUUUUUGUUGCAAGUAAUUCAUCGGCUCUAGAUGUACCUUUAAUUAAUAUUAUUUUGUAAAGUGGAUAAAAUAUUUUGUUUACAACUGCAAAGUAGCAAAUGCCUAUUAACUAAUAGCAUAUUAUUGUUUAUCCUGUUGUCUCAGGUGAGAGGGUUAACUGCAGUUCUCAAGAUAAUAUAGCCAUCUCUUGGUAUAUAUUCUUUUAGCAACCUUAUCCAUUAGGAAAUACCCAGCAACUCUAAAACAAGCCUAUAAAUUAGCAAGUUAUCAAGUUCAUCUCUCUUCCUUUCCCAAAACGAAACAAACAAAAAGAUAACUUAUCUUGAGCUGCAGGAAAAGUGAGUAAGGAUAAUGUAGAAAAUCACAGAUACUGAUUUUUUGAAAACAGAUUAGAAACACCAGAGAAGGAGAAUUUAUAGAACUUAAAAUAAUGUGAAAUAGUAAGGAAGGAUCUGUGGCAACAGAAGCAGCAGCUGUAAAAUAAACAAUUUUCACACUUCAGGAGUUCCUGAAGCCAUUACUUACUGGAAUGGAUUAUUGUAUUUGGUGCUCACAUAGUGUUGACCCUGUUAUCUUCCCCCACAAACCUGAGGAUCAAAACCAAGGGGUGAAAUUUUACUCAGUACUAAGUCAAGGUAUUUUAGGACACCUCUAUUAAAAAUGGUUUAAUUUUUAAAGCCAUCAAUGCUUUAAGGGGUAAAUGGAAAACUCACUUAUAUGGAUCAUAUUUAUUCCUAAUGAUAUAAGAUAAAGUGAGGUAUUUUGUUCUAAAAAAGAUAUUUAAUCUUGGGAACUGCCUUGCUCAGGGUAUAUGUAAGUACAUUUUACAAUGUUUCAAGUUCAGCCAACAUUUUCAUGUGCUAAUGAGCAAAGCAGCUAAAACAGAUUGUCAGUUUGAAAAACAUGAUUGUAAGUGUGUACAUGACACACUGCUACAGUUAAUAAUGGCAUUGCUACAGUUAAUAAUGGCAAAUUGUCAAUGUUCUCUCUUUGAAUUUUUAUAAGAUAAUAUUUUCUGUUAUACUGAUUUUAAAUAAUGAUUUCCAACAUAAAUAUUAGUUCAUUAAUAUUUUACAAACAGAAUUAGCCAGAUGUCAUGUCCUUUGUUUCUUUUUACUUGUGUGUGUGUGUGUGUGUGUGUGUGUGUGUGUGUAUUUUUUUUUAGUAGUACCUUUAGAUGUAGUCCUGAUGGAUAGUGAUUCUCUAAAAAAGAAAUUAUGAGACAUGUUUGCUUCUGUUUCAAAUUGAUUGUAAAAUGGUUGAAAUUUUGAUUAAAAAUGAAACUAUAUCUAUAUUAAUCAAAUGUUUUGUUAAGAAGUAGUUUGGAAAGAUUUGUAGUUUUAUGAACCAUUAACCAUGAACCAUUAUUUCUAAGGUUUAUAAGACAGUUUUGUGCACAAUAAUGUGUCAGUUUCAAAAAGUUUCCCAAAUAUUAAAUUUAUAGUCUACAUUAGUGAAAAUUUGCAUUGACUUAAAAUAUGAAGUAGAUUUUUUGGUUUAAAUAUUGGUUAAAAUUUAGUCAGUUUCUUUUUUUCAAUAUCAAUAAAUGAAUAAAAUGCCUCAACAACGUAAUAAAAACACUGAGAAUAUUUUUGACAUUCAACAAAGUCAAUAAUUGAAUAUUUGAAAAUGAUUGUCAUUUAUCUUUUACAUUUCUACAGUUUUAGGCUUUAGGGAAUUGUGACAUAUUUGUUUUUAAAAAUAUCUUCCACACAAUUCUAUCAAAUUGUUGGCAGUCUGAAACAAGUCUUAGUGUGCUCAAAAUCACCCUCAGCAGUUCCCUACAUUAAUAUUUCAGUUAGGUAAACAAAUAAUAAUGUUUUAUCCUUUUUCAUAAAUGGUUUCUUUAAUUGAACCCUUGUGCCUUGUACUACUUUUCAGUUUCCCUUUAGAAAUUGAGUCACAAAUGCUCAAUUGUAUAACUUCCUGGCAAUAAUUUGUGUGUUUGAGAAGCCAUUGCCACUUUUUGAGUAAAUCUCUAGAGUAUGAUUUUUUACAUCAGUAAAUUAAUUCACUAAAAGCUAGAUAUUCUUAUAUCUUAGAACUUCAAAUCAUAUUUUCUGAAGAAAAAGUCAGUUGUAAAUUUAUUUUCUUUAUAGCAAACUGGUAUGAAUUUUAGACCCUAACAUGACUUUAUGGAGUUUCGUAGGUCUGAAAGAAAUGGAUAAGAGGAUAUUCCCUUAUUAAACAUGAACCUUGUGGUUAGGUUUCUCUUGAAAUUCUUUUGAUAUGCUGAGAUUGAAUUUGGAGGUUAAUUUAGGGAAAGAAUGUCAGGAGGAUUACAAUAAUAGUAGUAAAGUCAUUCCCUACUUUACAUUUUAUAUUAGUGGUAGUCCUGCUUUCAACUUACCUAAUAUUCAGCAACAUAUCCACAAGUUUUUACUUUGAAGCUAUUUCACUUAUAGUUUGCAAUUGCUUGAAUAAAAUUUUUUUUAAUUCUUUAAACAUCCCUUCUAAAUAGCUCAGGGGUAUACUGAUGCUUUCACUGAGAUUAUUUUAGGUUAGUUGUUAAUAUGAUAAAGAAUAUUUUAUAAAAAUAGUUUGAAUUUAACUUGUAAUUAGGUUAUAUAAAGAUAGUUAAUACUUAUGAAAAAUGUUAGCAUUCCUUCUUGUAAUAAUUUUGUUAAAUUAACACUCAGAAUAUAUGUAAAUUAGGUUUAUCAAGAAUAGAAACGGGUUUUCUACAACUGUUGGCACUGAGCAACUUUUAUUAAAAACUAUACAAGCCAAAACUGACCCGAGUACUUACAUAGCAUUAAGUGAAAUUACACAGAAUGAUUGGUUGUGGGGAGAAAUUUGUCAUUUGGUGAUAAAGAGAAAAAGAUAAUAAAAAGCAGAUUGCUGCUAUUCACGGUAUAAGCAAUCAUAGUCAUAAAAUAAAGAUUGAAAUUUUACAUUUUUAUUUUGUAGUGAUCCUACUCUCUUUUUUGUAACUAAUCAGUUCCCUGUAAAGUAGUAUGCACCAUUUGAUAAUGAGACAAUCCAUGUUUUAUAAUUCUUAUCCAGAAUUACUUGUUACGAUAAUAGUCUCUCUAAAGAAAACAGCAAAAAUAUUGUUCAUGAUUUGGGCUUAGUUGCUCAGUCCUUUGCCAGAUGGAAGUUCACAAAAUCUUGUUCUAAGUGCAAAUUUAUUUUCAAAGGAUGGUUCUGGUAGUGGUCCGAAGAAUGAAACAUUGAGAAGAAAUGGCGUUUGGAUUGGGCAUCCUCAAUGUGAAGGGAUAAUAGAAGAAAUUUAUCAAGUAUUUAUUAAUUCCUUAAAACAUUACAUUGUGCCAAGCACUAUGCUAGGUGCCAGGUCUACAAUGGUAUGCAAAAAAGACCAAACGCACCCUGACCUUAAUGAGCUUAUUUUGUGGGGAUGAUAGCCAAAAAAUUUCACAAAUUGUAAAAUAAUUAUAAAACAAUUGGAAUUGUGACAUAUUGAGAGUGAGGUCUGUCCUGACAAGAGAGAGUAUAAUAGAGGAAUUAGAGCAGGGAAGGCUUCCCUGAGGCAGUGAUGCUUGAGCUGAGAUCUUAGAGAUAAGUAAAAGCUAACUAGGUAAAGAGAGGAGGAAGAGUCUUCAAGAUGGAGGGAGCAGCAGAUGAGUAGAAGGAAUGGAAUGCCAGUUUGGCUAGAGUUAAAAUUGAAAAAGUUGGGACCACACUGUAUCUCACAUUCUAGGCCAUGUUUUCUUUGUCAGAGCUUUUGAUUAGAAAUACAGUAUCAGAAAAGUGCUGAAAGUCAAGAUACACAAUUUCAGCCUUGGUAUAUAUACCCAACAAAAAUUCAUGCACAUAUGCCACAAGAGACAUGUGCAAGAAUAUGCAUAGAUUAUUCAUAAUAGCAAAAAAUUGAAACGUUAUUCAACAUAGAAUGGGUAAAUAAAUGGGUUUAUUUAUACAAUGGAAUCUUAUGAAGUAAUGAAAAUAAAUGAACUAGAGCCACAUGCAACAACAUGGAGAAUUUCACAAGCAUAUGGAGUGAUGAAAGAAGUCAAAUAAUAAUGUGUACUUUAUUACUCCACUUAUAUGAAGUUCAAACAGGCAGAAUUAAGCUGUAGUAUUCAGAGAUGCAUACUGAAGUGGCAAAGUCUUGUAAACAGCUUUAUUGAAGUAAAAUUUAUUCAUUAUAAGUGUACAGUUUGAUGAUUUUUAGUAAAUUUGCACAGUUGUACAGCUGUCACUACAAUCCAGUUAGCAAAGUCAUUUUAAUAAAAAGCAAGAAAGUGACCACUAUGAAAGUCAGGAUAGCAAUUCCCUUUAGUCAGGGGAGAGGUUUGUAUUUGGAAAGGGACAUGAGGAGGACUUCUGAGAUUGCUGGCAAUGUUCUGUUUCUUGACCUGGAUGAUGAGUUCAUGAGUGUUUGGUUUUUAAUAAUUCAUUAGGCUGUAUGUUUUAUGUACUUUACUGUAUGUGUAUUACACUACAUGAUUUUAAAUGUUUAAGUGUUUUAGACAAAUUAUACAUUUAAAAUAAAUUAUAACUUUGCAUCUCACUUCAUAUAACAUUAUAUCAUAGCCAUUUUUUUCAUAUUAUACAAACUUCAUAACCACCUCUUUGGAGAGUUCUUGCUUGAAGGACCUAACCAUCCAACCAUGUGCCCCAGUUAGUCUCUGAUACAUUAUUGCUUAUUUCAUUUGUAACCGUUAUUACUCUGUAUCUAGGGCUUGUAAAAAAAAAAAUCCCUAUACUUUAAUGCAAGCUCCCUGAGGCAGGAACAUUUUUUGAUAAUGUUCAUCAGUGUAUUCCUCGUACUUUUGUUGAUUACAUGAACCUGGUCAUUCAAUUAUGAAUUCAAAUCCAGAUCCAGUGGGUUUCAGAACCUGUAAAUUAUGUCUUUCAUGAAGGAUUAAGGCUAGGCAGAAUCUUAGAGAUCAUGUAAUAAGUGUAAUCAUACCUGACACAGAUGAGGAAACUAAGGCCCAAGGAAGGAUUGUCCAGAGUUAACACUAGUGAUCUCUAAAGUUGGGGCACAACUUUAAGUCUUGAAACUCCUGGUCUAGUGCUUUUUCUAUUACAACGUGCAACAGUGGUGGUGCCAAUUUGCACCAUAAUCCAUCAUAUGGGUUAUUGGCACAUCUUUCCCUUCUCCUUUUUAAUCUUUUCUAUUUCACUUUUUUUUAAAUCCACUAUUAAUCUUGGACUUACAUAUACUACACAUUAAUAUCAAAUAGUUAAGGCUCAUAGGGCUAUUGUGAGGACUAAGCAAGCUAAUUAAUAUAAAGCACAUAGAAUAGUCCAAGCAUUCAGUAAGUACUAUUUUAUUAGCUAUUAAAACUGAAGCCAUUUAGACAAUGAAACAGGAGGGUUUCCAGAAAUAUAUCUGAUUAUACAUGGGAAGUUAGUAUGUGAUAAAAGUAGUAUGCCAAACUGGUCCAGAGAGAUGAAUUACUAAAUGAGUGAGGAUACUGUGUCAAAUAGUAACACAUUUAGCUGCAAACCACACACAAAUUAAAAAAAAACAAAACAAAACUAAGGUCAAUGGCUUAACGGAACGGGAUUUUAAUUUUCUCAACAAGAGAUCUAAGGGUGCAUAAUCCAGGAUUCAAAUCGCAGCUUAAAAAUAACUUUAGGGGCUCAGGCUCUUUGUAUCUUUCUACUCUGCCAUUUGUAGUGAGUGGUUUUCAUCCUUUUUGCCUCAAGAUAGUGCUUUAUUUCCAGGUAUUACAUGUAAGUUCUAAGCAGGAAGAAAGGUGAAGGUUAGGAGCCAAAUGGAGUAUCAGUCAAAAUUGUCUUGAUUUAAAAUCUUCUGGAAGCCCCAACCAGUUACUUCCUCCUAUACCUCACUGGACCCAACUGAAUCAUAUGGCCUUCCCUGCUGCAAGAGAGUCUGGUAAAGUUCUAAUCGGGCAUACCGCUGACCUGAGAAAAGUCAGAGGUCUGUUAGUAAGGAAAAAUGGACACCAGGUAUGUAACCAACAGUGUCUGAAAAAGAUACAGUAGGUCAUUCAAGAAAAUAUAAAACUGGAUCUAUAUGUCACUUGUUACACCAAAGUAAAAUACAGAUGCAUCAAAUAUUAAAAAAAAAAACAGAAAAAGCAGGAAUUAAUUUUUCAUACAAUA